UACUUGCGAUCGCCAUAUUGGGUGCUCGCCUACUCGAAUGACUCGUCUGUUUUUCUUCGGAAUUACUACGAGACGGAGUCGCGCGCUGUUUUCAUGACUUGUUUUCCACGCGCGUUUGUUAUGCGUGCGUCUCGCUCGGCAACAAGGAUCGCGCUUAGUUAGACCGCGUCUGGCUCGACCGCCGCUGCGAUUCUCGGGGCGAACUUUCACGUGCAAACAUGUCAAAAGUGCGCGUCUCCAAUGGGAGCCCGACGCUGGAGAGGGUGGACGCGAGGCAGGCGGAUCACGCCAGACCGCCGGUCUGCAGGAACCUCUUCGGCUCCGUGGACCGCGAAGAGUUCGCGAGGGACGUCAAGGAGCAAAUGCUGGAGAUGGAGAAAGCGUCCAAGGAGAAAUGGAAUUACGACUUCGCCAGAAACGAGCCGCUCGCGCCGGGCGACUACGAGUGGCAGGAGGUGGACGCGAAAGAGGUGCCGGAGUUUUACACCAGACCGCCUCGCGCAAAACGGGAUACCUCGAGCGGGACUGUGGAUCAUAACGGGAACCACGACUAUUUGUUGACAACGAGCGCACGGGGGGACUCUGACAACGCGGAGCACGGGAGUCGCUCGGAUUGCCGAACGGCGCUGACCACGCCGAGAAAAAGACCGUCGACAGAGGAUCAGGAUCGUCCUUGCCAAAGUAAAAGAGCCAACGUCCAAGCGACCGAGGCGAACUGCUGUCCGGAGACGAGUUCGCACGCGCCCAGCAAGUCGGAUCCCAAAACGUAAACAAGAGACAGAUGAAGAAGGCUAUUUUCUCCAUCAAAUACUUCAAGAGCUUUAUGAAGUAAACAGGGACAGCGGUUGAAAAAUACAAAUCGAGCCUUGGAGAGGCUGUAUAAGCACUGAAUUUUUACACUAAAAAGUUUUGGCACUCGACAGAAUAUAUUUGCCUCAAAAGCAGACAAUGUAGCAGUGUGCAAUUGGAGUUUGUUCUUUUACUACCUAUGUAUAUACUUUCAUUUUAUAUGUAGCACAUUUAAAAUGUAAUGUUAAGGUUAAAAAAAGACACACACACAAUCGUUUAUAAGUGGAGUGCGUUUGACUUGAACAAUUGCUGUGCAGUUUUCAGAACGUCUCCCCAAAACGCACCCUUUAAAGGAAGCAUAGGUGUGGAGGAGAACAGCAGACACCUCUGAUUAGGUUUAAGGAUUUGGCCUGGCUCAGGAUGCUCACGGUCACAAGUACACCUUCGUGUGUGUAUCCGUGUUAGCAGCACAAUCUUGGGACAUUUCUGAAGUUGCACAAAUGUCACUGUUUGAAAAGCAACCUUCUGUGAUCUGGCCACAUUAAAAAAACAAAAAAAAACAUUGAUAUUUGCAUUAACACCGUUCGUGUUUAUUGGUACUAAUAUAUGAUUUUACCAGCCAAAGUUAUAUAGCACGUUGGGCAUGUGGUGUUCUUCUCUGAAGGGACUGUGACUCCUAGUGUGGUAUUAAGGUUUUCAUGUUUUUUUUUUACAGUAUUAUUAUAUCCCCGGGUUAUUCCACUAAUUUUAUUUUCGCUUAUUUUAAAUUAUUUCUUUUUAUUAUUAUAAUUUUUGCGCCAUAAAGAUGUAAAUUCACACAAACUACAAAUCCUACUGAGUACACCUUCAAAAGAAAGUGCAACUGUAGUGACCAAUUGAUUUUCUUUUCUUUCUUUUUUUAAAUUCAUUGCUGUGUAGCAUAAUGUACAUAUAAAUAUAUAUUUCUUUUUUUUUCCCCUUUUAACACUGGGCCAUAAAAGUAAGAACAAUAUUAGUCCAUGAAGCCACUUCUUUGCCACAAUAUAUUUGGCUUUCGUGUUGAACAUGACAUGGCACUAUGACCAAAAAAUAAAAAUAAGUAAAAACCGGCUACAAAUAAAAGACGUUACACUGCACGUGUGUAAAACAUUGAAGUAUACCUGUGUGUACUGCUUUGUAAAGAAGAAAAAAAAAAAAAAAAAAAAAAAAAAAAACACUGAGAAAUUAUACUAACUUAUUUAUGUCAAGCUUUUUGUUGUUUAUGACUAUCCAAAGUGGCAUUUGUGCAUUUUCUGUAUGUACUUCUUUUUGUUUAUAGAUUUGUUUUUUUUCCCUCCACAAAUUUGUGCAAGGUUGCAAACUGAGCCUAUUAAAAAUUUGGUGUGGAUUGUGUACUGCUUUAUAAAUGACAUGAUUAAACCAUAAUGACAUGAACACCUUCA